GAGAGGUCGGUAUAAAAAUAUUUUCUCCUAAAAUACUUAAAAUGGAUAUGUUAGGGAUAUUUAAUCGAACAAUGUUUCAUCCUGAAGAAUGCAACGGUGGAUAUAUUUUCCUGGUAAUUAAAUGCGUCCUCAGAUCGGAAUACACAAAUGUGGAAAUAAUGACAGAUAUGUCAAAACCUUAACUGUCAAACUGACUGUCACCUAUUAUGAAAAGAAGAUUAAGACAACACCGAAAAAUGGAUCUUAUCUUUUAUCUGCCGAGGAAAAUCAAUCAGUAUUAAAAUUUCCAGCAAGUGUCGUAUAAUUCUAACAGUCAAUUAAUAUGUGGAAUAAUACAGUUUAGCGUGUGUGAUAAUCAUCUCUUAAAAAUAGCUUACUGGAAAUUCCUGACAAUGUCUUAUGAAAACCACAUGGAAAAUGAACGAGAUGUCACAAGCAGUCUUCUUGAUUUUAGUGAUGGAAGUAAGCAUACCGACAAAUGUACUUUCAAAAAGAAGCUCAGCUGUGAUUGGGCAGAAGCGGUGACCGGAUGGCAGAACAUAGUUCCGUCACCCCAGUAUGUCCCACAUCAUGUGUCAAAUGUGAUCAAGAAAAGAAAAUCUGAAAAAUUACCCGAAUGGCAGCGUAGUGCAAAUAGUGAUCACUUUGCAGAUAUGCUGGGCGAAAACUCAAAAGCAGGUGUACGUUGUGUUGGAGAUGACUUUGAAAAUUUUCCAGUACCUCCAUGGAAAGCAAAUGUCGAACAAGGAACUUUUCGUUAUGUCCCUAACAAUGGGUUCUAUAGGACAAUCAAAUUCCUGACAUUUGACGAGAGAAGAGAAUGGUUCACAGUCACAAAGAAACAACCAGAAAAGGUUUCGAUGAGCUGGCAGAAUAAGAGAUUUCAAAAGGAAUUGAAACGCCAACUAAGGCGAGAAUUUUCAAAUUAUCAUCAUUAUCGCCAGAGACAAAGCCCAAGUGUGUCCAUGCAUGAAUCUGUUGAAACUACAAGUGAAAAUCCAUCAGCAAGAAGUGAAUCUCGCAAAUCCAAUCGACGUAUCAAAAGCACACACUCUCAAAGCAGUACUACGAGUCAAAUUUCUGAACCUCAACUGAGGCCAUCUGAAUCUUCAAUCAAGAGUGCUCCUGUUUAUAGUCAGCUACAGAAGUCGACGAGUGACCUCUAUAUUGAAAAUUUCACACACAGGAUUACUGCUCUAGAGGAGGAGUUAAAGCGAGAUUCGAGAAUUGCUCGAAAAAAUCAAGAAGAGCCUUUGGCUACGAAAAACAAUCAGAAACCAAAACCUUACAGUGUGAAGGACUUGGCGCAAAAGCAACGGGAAAAGGACACAACUCCACGCCAAGCACCAGCUUCUAAAGAAGUCAUGCCAAAGGAAUCAUUUGUAAUUAAACCUGUUGGUAAUCGGGAUCUUAAACCGAUCGAGAAAUCUGUUCCAGUUGCACAGUAUUCUAAUGCAGAUGGGGACAAAGCGCAGCACGUCACACAUCAACUCAAGUAUACCACUAUGGGUGGAAACGGAGCUGUUCUCAAUUUUCCGAAUUUUCAAAAUCGAGAAAACAUUGCUGAAGGUGAAUUAGAUAAAACUUUGCAUUCUUAUAAGGUAGCCAUUGAAACUACAAAACAAUCGUUAUUUCAAACCUUGUCUGCAACUAAAAUCAAAAGACGAGCAUCGGGGAAAGGAUUUACCUCCCCUGCUACUGUUGGUGCCUGUGACAAUAUAUCAUCAAAUACUGAUAAUGUUCCGGACAAGGUGGGCAAAAAUGGCCACCCUAGAGGUCACGGUUCGACCACUCAAAAGGAGGUGAAACCACACAAUAAAAAAGGACACAUUGUUGGAAUACUGCCAGAGAUUGCCGGAAAGAGACUGGAAGUGCCCCCUACUGGUCAUCGUUGGUGUUAGCACAGAUUUGAAAUAUUCAGUCCAUGGAUGUAUUUGUGAAGUAGUUUUGGGUGCCUUGUUUAAAGUGAGUUUGAUUACAUGCUUGUCACUAUGAAGUAUGAUGUUGUUAAGAAAAGGGACUGUAUAGCGUUUAUAUUUCGUGCGGGGGAGGGGUUAUUUUGUUAUAUUCGUGCUUUGACUUAUAUCCGCGAAUUCUUAUCACCAGCGAAAUUAUCGAACAUGUUAACCAAUUUUACGGACCUUAAUUAGCACAACAUGUUGAAAAUCCUUCUAAGAUAACCCAACGCUGUUAUGCAAGCUUAAAUAAACUCAAAUCAGAUUAUCACCGGACAACUGGGCAGUCAAUUCAAUGUUAAAUCAAUACUUACAUAUAAGUGGCCACAACAUAUUUAUGUGUACACAGUAGGUGACUAAUUGAUUACAGUUUACUCCUUCAAAGGUACAUACACAUUUGAUUUUUUUUCCGAGUUGUGUUAAAAGUCACUGACUGAUGACGACGCUCGGGAUCAACCCUUAAAUGAUCCCACUCAAAAUACUUUGCGCGACACAUGGGAUUUGGGUACACAGCAAAACCCCCGAAAAUAUGUACUGAAUACGAAACCGCAAAAUAUUGACCCCGCUUAUAUAAAGCACUAUACAGUAAGCACUGUUUGAAUACCUCUACCACAUGUACAUGUAUGUAACUUGAACAGUCUAAAUUUUUACCUAAGUAUUUUAUCUAAACAUAUUUUCUAGGCUCAAAAUUCCAUGAGUAACUUAAUUGUGAAAUAAUUCUUUAAAAAUAUUUGAAAUGAAAUAUGACAGUGAUUUUUGGGGGGACAUUUGUGCCCUGUAAUGGGCCCCAUUCCCAACUGUUUAUUCUGUAUUCCCAAAAUUUCCAGUAUACUCCUCAAAAAACACUUUAUAAGCAAAAGUUUCUUUCUUGCAACAUACAUAUUACAAGUCAUAUACUCCAGAAACUAUGGGGUUCAGAGGUAACCCUUAGUGUCAUCAUUUGGCCCAUGUACGAAAUGGGUAUGUGAUAUUUGCGUAAUGUUAUUUCCCUUUGGAACAUAAUGUCCCCGAAUGACCUUGUAUGUCUGGUGCAUGAAAUGAACUUGUUCUAGUCUUUCAUUUUUAUAAAGCUUCUUCUCCAUUUACUCUACAGUACACUGGUGCAACCCUUUAAAUGACAAUCUUGAAAUGAGCUUUAAGCUCUAAAAUUGAUUUUGGACUAUAGAGACACAUAUAUGUUAACUUUCAUAAUUAAUUUAUGGUAUGCUACAAUUAUGAGGUAAAAUAAUCGAUAGUUACAAAUGUGAAUCUGUUUGUGUUCAGGCUAUAUAUAUAUACCUAGUGAAUGAUCAAUGAAUUAUUUCGUUGAUGAGUUCUGUUAGAACCGUACACGCACAAACAAUAACAUUUAUGUAUCCUGGCGGUGUAUUAUAUAAGUGCUCAGGGCCAUCAUCAUAAGGUCAGCAAUAUAGUUCAGUAAUUCUCAAAUGUGCUGUGAAAUCAUUUGGAACAUGAACUUUAUUUGUUCAUGUAGCUUAUGGCUAUAUAUAUGCUACCUGGUUUUGACAUGCCUUUUCUCCAAAUGAGCUUCACAGUUGAAAAUAAGUUUAUUGAUUUUCCUCCAUGUAUUAUAAAAUACCUGGUUAAUAUUUUUUAGGGAUGGGACUUUUUUGUGGCCAUUUUUGACUGAGGCACCAUUCCAUAUAUUUUCCUUUUUUUUUCUUUCCCCAACUUGUAUUCAGAUGAAUUGCAACAUUCAACAUCUAAAAUGUAAUGAUCUAUCAUAAUUAAGGAUGUCUUAGUCUUUUUGAUGACAUUGUGUUUGAAAAAGUAUGACUAUGAAUUUUUGGUAUAAUUCUGAAAAUUCACAGAACUUAAAGUUUACUGGUGCACAUCACAGCUCUCCAAAUACAAAAGGCUUAAUUCAAUCUCAUUCACAAAAGCUGUGAGAAAGACAACUCUGACACAAAUCAGAGAUAAAUUGUAUAAAUAUAA